GAUUCUGGUCUCUGCUGACAUUAUCUCUAACUGCUGGAUUCUCCUGUUGUAGCUUCUCUUGGACAGUGACUUACUUUGAUUCUUUUGAACCAGGAAUGUUUCCGCCUACUCCUCUUUCACCUGCUAGGUUCAAGAAACUGACUGGACAUUCUUUCCACAUGGGCUAUAGUAUGGCAAUUUUGAAUGGCAUUGUAGCUGCUCUUACUGUGGCGUGGUGCCUCAUGUAAACUCACAAUAGAGAAAUACUGUUGGUGAAAGUCCUGCUUGUUUUAUAACAACAGAAACAAAUGUUGCCUACUCCGAAGACUAUGAAAUGUGAUUUAAAUUCAGACCAUCGUCCAUCAUUAUGAAAGACCUUGCAGAGCAUCAUUUCAGAAACUAGGCAAUGGAAAUAUUUGAGUACUUUAAAAUAUUUUCUUAAAAGUGUAAGAUGUUUACCUCCUCUUUUUACUUUUUCUGUAUAUUUUAAUGUAAAUCAAACUUGGAAACUUGAAUACAUGAUAAUGCCUACCUUUCUAUGUAUACUCCCAUUUUUUUUGCUAACAAAUGUUGUUCUUACUGCUUUGAGAUAAAAGUAUUUCUUCUUUCUGUAUUGCAUUAAGAAAACAAUGCUGACCUGCUGAACCAGGUUCUGUGGGUUGGAAGCCAGCCUGUAGCUACACAGUGAGACCAUUUAAAGAAAAAGAAGAGAGAAAACAAUGCUUUUUACUUUGUAACAUUUUAUAGAAACUACAUCAGAGUUUUUGAUAAUCAAUAGAAUGCAAAUGUGCACUUAUAUUUUUUAUGGAGUAUACCUAGGGGUUUUAUAUAUUCAUAAUGCUGAAUUUAUGUUUUUAAAAUUAUAUUUAUACCUAUAUGGCUGCAAAUUUUAUUUCUUAGCCAGUGUAAACUUUUCCAUUAAAACUCAUUGAUUUGAGUUUAAGAUUAAGUAAAUAUAUUUUUUAACAAAAAGAUACUGAAAAUUCAGGGUAAGCUAUUUGUCAUUAUAAUGUUAAGAAAUUUGAGAUGGCUAACCAUUUGUAUUUUCCACAAUUGAAAAUAUUUAUUUUGAUGUGUAUGUGUGUGUAUAUAUAUAUAUAUCAGGGCAGCAAAACUUGUACUGUUUUGUUUUUAUCAAAUGAAAACCUGAAUUUUUUUAUGUAGAAAUGUUUGAACUUUGUGAUUUUUUAAUCUCAAGAAUAUAGUUGCCAAAGUAGAAAAGAUAUUUUGAUAUUUUGUAAAUGUAUAUACAAUUGAACUUUAAUAUGUAUGUUGUAAUAUAUAUAGCUUUAUAACUUUUCUGCUUAAAUAUUUUGUCAUGUCAAGAUUUUUUUGUUGUUUUCAUAGUAAUUAUGCCUUAACUGUUUCUCUGUCUUGCUCAGCAUUCUAAGUUUAGAAAGUCACCUCAAUUUUAGAAAGUUGAAAGAUUUACACAGCUCUUUUACCUGGCUUACACAAACUUAGAUUAGGAAACCAUUGUGUAUUCUAGCUAAGUGGGAAAUGAGUGUGUGUAGUGCAUUUGCAGUCCUUUGAUGAAUGUUGGGGUCUAAAAGUCUGCCAUUUUCUCUAUAUUACCCAAAUGAAAAGAAAAAUGUCAUUUCCAUUUAAUUGGAAAUGGCUCAUAAUGUUCUAAUUUAAAAUGAGAGAUGAGGGAUAUAGGAUAUAUAUAUAUGGUCUUACUAAAUACCAGUCCCAUGGCUUACAUGUUCAAUGAGUUAUGGUGGUUAGAAUAAUUCUGUUUUUUUGUUUGUUUUUUUUUAUUGACUCUUUCUCAUACACUAUAUUUUUGACCUUAUUCUUCCCCCCCCCCCCCACUCUUUCUAGAUCCUCACCACCUCACCACAUCCCUAUCCAUCCAACAUGUUCCUUCCAUCUUGGGAGAAAAAAGAAGUGUGUUUGAUAAGUGUGUUUGAUUGUUUGAAUGAUUCUGUUUAUUCUCAGUCUUCUUAUCUCCUUUCUUCUACCCUUUGCUUCAAAGGGACUCUCUUAUUCCAAAGAUCCAUUCAAAUUGUGAAAUUACUUUUAUCUCUUCUCCACCUGUGUAAAAUGCUGUUCCCAUUACCACCCCAAUUUAAAUGGCUCCAUACAAACUCUUUGUGUGUAAUGACUAAGUUAAACUUAUUAUAGUUAGUCAUACACAAGGUAGCACCAUUUAUAAUGUAGAUAAAGAGGACAUAUAAUACACUAUUUCUUUAGAACACUAGUAAUCUUUGGGAAAAUGUCCUUGUAUGAGGAAAGUGACUGCCUAAACUUAUUUAUGGUAGACCAAGUUCUCUCCUGGCCACAGUGAUUACAAUAAGAAGAGUGGGAUCUGAUUCAAAUCAGCUAAUUUUUAGGAUUUUUCAGUUUGAAACAAGAGCCCAGGAAAUGCUAGCAGUCAUGUGAACCAAGCUUAGUUGAAAAGGAUAAAGGUGAAAUGUAUACUGCUAUUGAUAUUCUCCUGGUUCCUGAAACCUGGUGAUAAACUGCUGUUUUUGAAUGUUGGUUACAAUGUUUUGGUACAUUUGUUUCUGCUGCUUACAUUAAGGCUUUUGUCAUUUGCACCAGAAAGUCAAGAUGAAGUCAUCUAGCAGUUGGAAUCAUCCAUCUCUAUUAGUAAUGUUGGACCAUCAAGUGAUGGUUAUAGUAUCAUCUUAUUUGUCAAGUAUACAUGGGGUAUGAUUGUGCCCAAGGCUAAUGAUUAGUCUCAGUGACUUCAAAGGAGCUUUAGAAUAAAGUUAGCUACUUAGUGUUUUAUCAGAAAUUUUGUCCCAAAUUGAGCUAGACAGCUUUAAAUGCUACCACAAUUUUAUACUACCAAAACAUUAGUUUCUAGUUAUGUAAGUGGAGAUCUUUUUCCCCCUGCCAGCCAAUUUCCAAAUAAGCACUCAGAGGCUUAAUAUUAAUUAUUGUUUGAACAAUGGCUCAAUUAACCCAUUUCUGUUAUUCUAUAUUUUACCAUGAGGGCCAUGGCUUGUUACUGUAUACAUUUUGCUUCUCCAGUGACUCGAUGGUGUCUCCCCAACUCUGCCUUCUUUCCCUAUUUGUUUGGUUUUCCCACCUGGCUCUUUUCUGCCUGGACAUUGGCUGAAACAGCUUUAUUCAUCAACCAAUAAAAGCAGCAUACAGAAAGACAUCACACAUCAUAUAAAUUUUAAAUCUGAUAUUUAGUAUCAUAGUUUCCCAGUCUCUUUACCUGCUGAAUGGAAAAAAUAAUACCCAAGACAUUUCAAACUGAAAAUAGUGCAAUAAUGUUUGUAGGACCUUGAUAAGAUGGUAUAAUUUAUAGCUUAAAAUAUAUUUGAUCUAGUAAUGGGUUUUUUGAAAAAUAAGAUUCUAGUUAAUCAUAUUUAAGGGUUUUCUCAGGUUUUUGUUUUUGUUUUGUCUUUUUACAUUUCUGUUAACUUUCUUGAUAUACUAAUUAGGAUCAUACAUCCCAAGUAACAAAACAUUUAAGGAAAAUAAAAUACUUGACGUGGUUGGCCAGGACCCAAGAAAAUGUUCAAAGGUAAAGAAAAAAGCACACAAAUAGCCAAACACAAUGUGUUCACUAACCCAUGGAUGCAAGCCUAAUAACCUCAAACAGUAGAUAACAUGAACUAAGCUUAUCUUCCUGAAAAGGAAAGCAAAGGCCUUUAAAAAAACAAACAAACAAAAAAACAAACAUUUAAGGUUGUUUUGUUUUGUUUGUCUCAGCUUCCCCAGUCAGUUUGUGCUGUAUGUUUGGAAGCCCUGAAUUUGAUGUUGUUGCUGUUACUCAGAAGUCUUACUGGAGGGAACAUGAUAGUUUGUUCAGAACUUGAGAUGACUGCCUCAACAGGCUUCUCCAGUCAAUUUUUUCUGUAUGUUUUAAGCAUGUGGUUUGAUAUAUCUGUUACAUUUUAUACUUUUUCUUUGGCUUGCCAAUAUACUUAAACUUUUCAUUCAAAACCAAAGUCUGACUAUCAUAGAUCAUCUCCUUACUGUACAGAACUUCCUUGAGCUUCCUGGUCCUUGUGUUCUCUGCUGAAUAAAUUCAGACAAGAUA